UCUGUAGCUUUAAUAAUACACUGUGCUUCCUUGAAUUCUGGAGAUUUACUUAUAAAUUGACGAAAUGUUUGGGAAUAGGAUUCACAAGCUAUAACACGUUUCUAGCUGGUUAUUUUAGUUCGCACAAUCAGCUUAAUUGAAUUCGGUGGAAAAUGAUAAGAUCGCCUAUCAUCAGCUUAAUAAUCAUUGUAUUUGUCCGAAACAAGCAUUUUCUGAGAUUUAUUUUUAAUUAAACUGUUCCUCGGAGAAGGCCACGUAUAUUUUGAAUCGACUGACCCCAUGAAUACGACCUUCAGCUUCGGCAAAAUACCCCAUGUGACAUGGCAAAAAGAGAUCAAGAGAGGGACUUGGAGUUGGACAAAAAAAUUGAAGCUCUCCGCAGAAAGAAUGAAGCACUUAUGAAGAGAUACAAGGAGGUGGAAGAAGACAAGAAACGUGCAGAAGAGGAAGGAAUGGCGCUGCAGAACCGUAAGGGCAAUGACCUUACGAUCACAAUCAACAAGUCCGCCUGUGACAGUCGAGUGGUGGUGACCAAGUCCUUCAACAGCAGCUGCCCUAAUGGGAAAGGACACCAGAAUAUGGGAGCAGGGGAUGAAAUUGUUCUGCAGGCUGCUGGCAGUGCAGGCAGAGGACACAAGAAGCAGCUAACCGUCACCAUGGCUGGCAAAAAGGGUAAGAGGGUGGUGAGUGAGAAGUCUGAGAAGAGGCCAGACCACCCCACGGAUGUAAAGAACCCGACCAAUGAGGUACAAACUGGAAGUAUGGAGGCAGCGGAGAGGGGAAAACAACCACGUCACAUGACCAAGAGGGAGGUAACAGCACAGGAACUGGAAAGCCAAGAGGCCAUCACAGACCUUAGCAUCCCCACAUCACAGGAGGAGCAGGAGGAGUACUUGCGAUGGAAGAAGGAGCGUGAGCAGAUUGACAAGGAGAGAGUGGCACGUCACAAGAAUGCUAAAGGCCAGUGGAGACGGGCAUGGGACAUGGACAAAACCGAUAACAUGUUUCCAGACAAAUCCCUCCCAGACAGAGAUUGGGGUCCUCCAAGUCGAGGAGGACGGAAUGUUAGAAGAGGACAGCACAGAUCUGGUGCAGACACACAAGGUCACGAGAAGCGAGGCAAAGACAAGGCGACUAAAAAUGUACAAGUGAUGAGCAGCAACGCAAAAGGCAAAGAUCGUCUGACUGGGAGGGCCAGAAGGUGGCAAGAUAACGAAGAAGGAGAUUUCCAGACUUCGGACAUACUACUGGGGGAAUUCCUGGAGGAACUCACAGAUGCGGAGACAGAAGAGCAGAAAGACCAGCAUUCACAGGGAUCCACAGGUUCUGCGGCUACCUUGAGAGCAGACGCCCCAUUUCAGGAAAAAGCAGAAUCCUCAUCCCCUCUGGCUUCAGAAAAGAAAGUCCGAUUCUCCGAGGAGCUCAUCCAGGGAGCACACACAAAGCAAAUCACAGGCUCUCCGAAUUCCACCAACUCCGAAUCAAGUCCAAGCUCCUUAAAAGCUUCCUGUCAGAAAAAAAUCAAACGUGAAGCGCCCCAGCAGCGUCUCGAAAGUGCCAAGGAGGAUGAAAGUAGUCGUGGCCAGCCGCAGGCUUCUGAAAGUGAAUGUACUAAAAAAGACAUCAAUGCCCCCGUGGCUCACUGCUGCCCCCCUGCCGAUAAGGCCUGUGCUUCUCUACUGGAGACUUCUGUCCAGCCUGUGGAGCUCGCCAAGUGCAACACGAACACAGAGGAACUUAUCGACUCCCGUGUGUGUGUCUUGAGCUUGGACUCAGCGGAAUCACACACGGCACACUCCAGCUGCAGCGACAAGGCAAGAGAGAACGGGAAGGUCGUUUGACACCACCAGGAAGCAGAUACACAAACAAAGACUUAUGAGAGAUACGACACCAAACCUUACAGCGUGCCAUGCUUGUUUCAUCCAACAUUUGACAUAAGGAUGGUGUUUGUGAGCAUUGCUCCAUCCGAGCACUUUAUGAGUAUAAACAGCAUGUGUGCUGACACAUCAUUUUCUGUGUGUUAGUGUGCAUCUAGUGUGCAAUAUCGCUCAAUGUUUACAUGUGCGUAGCGUAACAUACUGUAGGUAGGCCUUCAAAUGAAACUUCUGACACGGUCUAUUUGUUUAGUGCCUGAUUCUGCCUUGGAGGUGUUUUCAAUAAUGGCAAAAAAAAACUCAUUUUGGUGAAUGAAUAAAUAGAAAGCUACAGUAGAGUGUGGAGUUUUGCACUCAAACAGUGUAAGAAGCUAUUAGCAGCUGCUUGCAGCAUCAGUCAAUUGCCUUAUGUAACUCACACAUUUCUAGACAUUCAUUAUUAUGGCAUAUUUAGGGUUUUUGGAACAAUGCACUCCAAUGUUAAUCUACUGACAUGUAAGUUUUUGGUUUUGUGACUGUAGCCAUUGGCACGUCAUGAUGCACGUCACAUUGCUCUUAUACAUUUGCACAUGCUACAGGGCAUACUCAAGCCAUUAUUUUGUAGUCAGCACAUGACAUUGAAAUGUUCCUAUGUUUCAAAAGGGUCACUUUCUGCCCACUUAUACUUAUUUGAUAUUCUGACGCACUUAAGAAAUACAACUUUGCACAUUUGUGUGUCUGACAGCAGGGGUAAGAAAGAUUUGAAUUAUACCUUCAAAACAAAAAAAAUGUUUGCACUCAUGCUUUGUUUCUAUGGCAUUCAGGACACUUGUUCGUUUGAUUUCUCCACCGACGCCGACGUUGAGGCACCUCUGGGAGGGACUCACUUGAGAUGUUGCAAAUAAAUCAACCAGUAGUUAAAACACAGACUUUCAGUUGCAGCUGUCCUUUCACGCUGUUUUUGUAUGUUUAUGAAAAAAAAAACAAAAGCAUCCUCCUUGAGAAUGUUGUGCCUUGUAUUUUGGCUUUGUCAAAUAAACAUAAAACAUCAGGAAAUGUGUGUU